AUGCCUCCCCACUCAAAGGUCUGUUGCCAGACGAACGGUGCCCCGUUCACGGACCGACAGGCACCUUCGGAUUCUUUCAUGGAACGCAGGAACACGGGCAUCUUGUUCCUUCUGCGGCGCAAAAUCUUCCGGGACCCUCGCUUCCUGGAGGUAAGUCCGGGACGACUAGCUCUGGUUCAGGCCACCCACAGAGCCACCCAGCUUCCUGUUAGCAUCGUUGGUCUAUACCAGCAUGUUUGGCGCACUCAUCUUACUUCUUCUCGCAACCGGGAGCUGCGUCAAACCAUUUGGACCCAGCUUGAAGCUGCCAUUCUUCGCGUGCCAAGCAGGCAUGCAUUGCUGAUCUGCAGCGACUUCAAUUCCACGCUGACCGCCGAACCGCCACUCGUUGGCAGUGCUGUUCCCAAAGGGUCUUCUAAUACAGAUGACGGGCUGCAGGCCCUCUUGUAUAAGCACUCGCUUUGUGCGUUGAACACUUGGCACUGCAAGCCGAACAGCACCUAUCAUUCGUCCACGGGCAAAACCCAGAUAGAUUAUGUGAUUGCACGCAAUGCUGAUACGGGACGCCUAGCCCGCACUGCCUACCCCGAUCACUCCUUCCCCAUAGGCGGUGAUAAGCUUAGUGGUCAUUACCCGAUACGAGUCCACUACCCGAUGCGCCCUUUCUCGCAACGACGUGCUCGUCUAGCACCGUCACCGGCCUACGACGCCCAAGCCCUGUGCACAGCCGUCCGCUCCCGAGCCCCGUUGGCUCAGGAGCUGCAGCAACGCAUCGGCCUUCGGCUGCAGGACAUAGAUGCGUCGGUGCUUUCCACUGCACAUCAGCAUGUCAAUCGCAUUCUCCUAGAGGAGACCUGUGCUCUAUUUCCUGCCCAAGCGGCGCCGGACAACCGCAUCAGCGCUCAGCCUGCCUUCCGAACCAAUGCCCGUGCUGUGUGGAGUCUCUAUCGUGACCUCAAACACUCAGGUGUGUGCACCUUUCGCAACAUCUUAGCUAAGUGGCGCCUGGCCACACAGUUUGCCAGAGCCUCAAAGGCACUGCGACGCGACAGUCGUCAGCUCAAGCGUCAGUUCUAUCUUGCCCAGGUGGAGGCCGCUGAACUUGCAGCAAGCCGGGGUGACCAGCGAGGAUUGCACCUCAUUGUCCGUAGACUGUCUCCGCGCACUCGCCAGCUGGCAGGCAGACUUCGUGAUGACUCUGGUCACCUCCUCACCCGAGACGAAGAACUCGAGGCAAUCAUUAGGUACGGCAAUGCCACCUUUGCCCGGCACCAUGACGAUCACCCGAUCCUCCCGCUUACUCAGGACGUCCACAUUCCGGCCGCUGACCUUGCCGCCGAGCUCUCGAAGCUAGGUGUGGCCAAGGCUGUUCCCAAGCACAUUGCUCCGUCUGCAGCCUGGAAGCUCUGCUCCUCUGAAUUGGGAGAGGUCCUUAGCCGGGCCUUGGAUAUGCAUCUUCGUCGGGGCACCUCUGCCCCCUUGGCCGGCGACUGGCAGGACUGCAGUGUAGCCCUGGCUGGUAGUCUCCGCGCACAGCUGCUCAAUGCACUCACCCCUUGGCUUGCCUGCAUGCCUCAGUUCGCCUAUACCAGCCACAGAGGCACUGCUGAUGCUAUUGCUAAAGCUCACAGCCACUUCGAAGCCGUCACAGAGCUUAUCAGCCAUACGAGAAUCAAUCGCUUCCAGCAACAGGCUGGCAGCAAACCGCGCGGCUGCACUGGAGGCGUCAGCCUCUCCUUGGAUCUUUCCAAGGCCUUCGACG